AUGAGGGACUUCGGGUUUGGGGUGUUGCAGACCACCCCGCUCCGAAGCAGCAGCCCUGGGUCACUAUUCAGCAGCGGGACGUACCGUCCCUACGCUGUGGGGCCCGCCACGGCCGCCGCCCCGCAGUCCUCCGCCACGCCCUUCGGCUCGCCGCCGCCGUUGCCUGUCACCGGCAUCUCGGAGGCCGCCUCCCCCUUUCCUAUCCUCGGCUGCGGCGGCGCGGGCAGCUCAGCCGCCGCCGCUUCCUCUUCCUCCCCGUUCCUGGCGCAUCAGCAGACCAUGCAGGAUGAGCUGCUGCUGGGGCUGACACAGCAGCCGGCGCGGCCGCUCUCGGGGGCGGCGGCCGCGGAGAAACUCCCCAACCACCACCCCGGCGGCGGCACGAACGCGGGUGUGACCCACCUCCUCCCCUCCCAGGACUUCAAACCGAGUCUGCACCCCCCCUCCUCCUCCUCCGCCUCCUCCUGCUGCUGCUGCCGCACCUCCUCCCCGCAGGACUUCAGUAAGCGGCAGCAGCAGCAGCUGAGCUGCCAGAAGAGGAAAGAGUUCAGCCCUCCCCACCUUCCCCACCCUCCGGACUCGAAGCCGCCGCCGCCGCCGCCGCCGCUCCACUGCCCCGGCCGGUUCAGUCCGCCGCCACCGCCGCCGCCACCGUCCGGCCGGCUCUUCCAGCCGGCACAGCUCGCCCAGCGCCAGCAGCCACAGCAGCAGCAGCAGUUCAGCGUACCGCACCCGCAGCACCUCCCGCCGCAGGAUUUCGCCCAGCGGCAGCUCCCGGCCGAUCUGCCCCCGCUCCCGCAGCUCCAGCCCUCGCCGCCCGCAGCCCCGCGGCGCCGCCACGGAGGCGCGGGCAGCCCUCGCAAGACCCCGGCCGCGGGCGAGGGCAGCGCCACCGAGCCCCCCAAUGCGGGCUUGGCCCCCUCGACGCCGCCGGUGAACCCCGCGCCGGGCUCCAUGGAGUCCCCCAACCACCCUCUGCUCAACAGUCCCAGUAACCUCCUGCCCGGCGGGGCGCUCGGCGCGGGCGCCUUCAGCAGCCUGCAGAGUCCGGACCUUCCGCACCCGGGCGGCGGCGGGGGCGGGGGGCCCCCAGGAGGCGGAGGGGGAGGCGGCUCUGCGUCGCCGCCGCCACUGCCCGGCUUCGGCACCCCCUGGUCGGUGCAGACCGCUUCGCCGCCGCCGCCGCCCCAACCCCAACAGCCGCCGCCGCCCCAGCAGCAGCAGCCGCCUCCGCCCCAGCAGCCGCCGCAGCCGCAGCCGCAGCAGCCCGGCUCUUCGGCCGCCACCCCGGGUGGCGGCGGCGGCGGCGGUGGCGGCGGCGGCUCGCUCAGCGCCAUGCCGCCGCCCAGCCCCGAUUCAGAGAACGGCUUCUACCCCGGGCUGCCGUCGUCCAUGAACCCGGCUUUCUUCCCGAGCUUCUCGCCCGUGUCCCCGCACGGCUGCGCGGGACUCAGCGUGCCUGCGAGCGGCGGCGGUGGCGGCGGCGGCGGCGGCAGCGGCUUCGGCGGCCCCUUCUCGGCUGCCGCCGUGCCCCCGCCGCCGCCGCCCGCCAUGAAUUUACCUCAGCAGCAGCCCACGCCGCCCGCGGCGCAGCAGCCGCAGAGCCGGAGGUCUCCCGUCAGCCCGCAGCUCCAGCAGCAGCACCAGGCGGCGGCUGCCGCCUUCCUGCAGCAGAGGAACUCCUACAACCACCACCAGCCUCUUCUGAAACAAUCUCCUUGGAGCAACCAUCAGAGCAGUGGCUGGGGCACUGGAAGUAUGUCCUGGGGAGCAAUGCAUGGCAGAGAUCAUCGUAGAACUGGAAACAUGGGAAUUCCAGGAACUAUGAAUCAGAUAUCUCCACUGAAGAAACCAUUUUCUGGUAAUGUCAUAGCACCACCGAAAUUUACUCGCUCUACUCCAUCACUGACUCCAAAAUCUUGGAUUGAAGAUAAUGUGUUCAGAACAGACAACAAUAGUAAUACACUCUUACCCUUACAGGUGAGAUCUAGUUUGCAGUUACCAGCUUGGGGCUCAGAUUCACUCCAAGAUAGUUGGUGCACUGCAGCCGGAACAUCCAGAAUAGACCAGGAUCGAAGUAGAAUGUAUGACAGUUUGAACAUGCACUCUUUGGAGAAUUCCCUUAUUGAUAUUAUGAGAGCAGAACAUGAUCCUCUUAAGGGUCGAUUGAGCUAUCCACAUCCAGGAACUGAUAAUCUGUUGAUGUUAAAUGCAAGGAGUUAUGGGCGAAGACGAGGUCGUUCUUCCCUCUUUCCAAUAGAUGAUGGUCUGCUUGAUGAUGGUCAUAAUGAUCAAGUUGGUGUUUUAAAUUCACCCACAUGUUACUCAGCUCAUCAAAAUGGAGAACGAAUAGAACGCUUCUCUCGAAAAGUUUUUGUUGGUGGUCUUCCUCCAGAUAUUGAUGAAGAUGAAAUAACGGCUAGCUUCAGAAGAUUUGGGCCUUUGGUAGUAGAUUGGCCUCAUAAAGCAGAAAGCAAGUCCUAUUUUCCACCAAAAGGCUAUGCAUUCCUUCUCUUUCAAGAAGAGAGCUCAGUUCAAGCACUAAUUGAUGCUUGUAUUGAAGAAGAUGGAAAACUCUAUCUGUGUGUUUCCAGCCCCACCAUUAAGGACAAACCAGUUCAGAUCCGUCCUUGGAACUUAAGUGAUAGUGAUUUUGUGAUGGAUGGUUCUCAGCCUUUGGAUCCUCGAAAAACAAUUUUUGUUGGGGGUGUUCCUAGACCAUUAAGGGCUGUGGAACUUGCUAUGAUCAUGGACCGGCUGUAUGGUGGAGUUUGUUAUGCAGGAAUUGAUACAGAUCCUGAGCUAAAAUACCCAAAAGGUGCUGGUCGAGUUGCUUUCUCCAAUCAGCAGAGCUAUAUUGCUGCCAUCAGUGCUCGGUUUGUUCAGCUUCAGCAUGGGGAUAUUGAUAAACGCGUGGAGGUAAAGCCAUAUGUGCUAGAUGACCAGAUGUGUGAUGAAUGCCAGGGCGCACGCUGUGGUGGAAAAUUUGCUCCCUUUUUCUGUGCCAAUGUCACUUGCCUGCAGUAUUACUGUGAGUUUUGUUGGGCAAAUAUCCACUCUCGUGCAGGACGUGAGUUCCAUAAGCCAUUGGUAAAGGAAGGUGCUGAUCGCCCACGUCAGAUCCACUUCCGCUGGAACUAAGAAUAGCACACCGGCCUCUGUGUAACAAGGAAAGAAAGGGUGCAUGUGGCUUACUGUGUCUGAAGACGCGACAUGCGGAAGAAAUAAGUGCAUUCUUCUGCUUUCACCCCAGCUACCAAUACAUGCAUCUUUAUCAGCAGCCAAAACACUACAAGCCUCUUGUUUUUCACCAAAACCCUACAUCUCAGGCUUACUAAUUUUUGUGAUAUUUUCAUGUUAAAAUAAAAUGUUUUUUUGUAUUUUCUCCAAGUUAUUUUUAUAUGUAAAGUUAAAAUUAGAUAUGAGAAUGUUUUGCGUAGGGGCAAACAGUCUGCUGCUAUAUAGUGGGUGAAGCGUGCACUUAUUUCUAAACGUGGGUUUUUAACUUCAAGAUCUGCCCCAGUAAUUUACCAAAGGUAGCAAAAUAAUAGUGAAGAUGGAAUAUGUCUGCUACAAAUGCUUAUUUUUAUUGUUGCUAUUUUCAGUGUAUACAUAAACUAAAAAUUAGGGUUGAUUUUUUUGCUCUCCAUUUUGACUUGCAAGAAAUAAUACCUCAAGAUAAUCUGAUUUAUUAGCUAUUUUUAAACAUUUUUAAUCACAAGCUGUAUUAGCUUUGCUGCUAUAUAGGUGUUAUGUGUAAAUGCCACCUAUUAAUACGGGAUUGAAAACGUUAGAGACACACUGCAUUGCAGAUAAAAUGCAGGCAGCACAAUAUGGCCUAAACUGCCAUAGUUUUAGAAUGUGAAAAAAAAAUGCAUGUUUACUUACCUGUAUACACCUUAUGCAUGCACUAGAAUUAUUAACUAACAAGAGGUGAGGUAUUGCAAAUGUUCAAAAAAGCUCUCUUGAAUCUAGGUAGCAUGAACAAAUUAUAAAAUUUGUUUAAAAAAAGCAAACUUGCAUGCAUUAUUGUGACUUCAAGUUAAAAAAUUUGUCCUACAUGUGUACAAUAUGCAAAUUAGUUUUAGAUUAGAGAGUGCAGCCAUUUUGUGAUCUGGUGGGUAGUGGAAUUCGAUUUUAUGCAGACUGGAUGUAAUAUUUGUAAUCCCUGUGCAAUUUUGUGAUGUGCGGUUCUAAUUAAUGUGCAGUGAUAUAGUAUAGAUAAAAGAUUGAGUAAAAGAAAAAUACUAGAAUUUUAAAGAAGGUUGAUUUUAGCCCCUUUGAUAGUUCACGGUUAAGACAUCCUUUAUAAACCAAAGAUGGCCAGCACACUGCUAACCAGUCACCAAAUGUAAGACCCACAGGAAACCCAUAUCUAAACAAACGAACUUUAUAGAAGAAUGCAAAACUUUAGUAAACCUAAGUAAAGUCAAAAUGGAGAUGGGGAAAUAUACAGAUGGCUAGUUGCAUAAAAUUCAAUUUUACCUUAAAGACAAUGGUGAAAUCUGGCUUAAACUUGCUUAUGUGUUUGACCUAUGUAUAUUGGGGUCUUCUGUCUAAACUGGGGUCACUGUUGCAUGGAACAUUGUUCUUAACGGUUAAGAAUUGCUUUUUUUUUUUAGAUUUUGAUGAAGGAAUUUUGGUAAUGACUUUGCUUGCAGUUUUUUUGAGAAAGUGGCAUGGAAACAUGCAAUAGUUAAUGAGUUUCUCUUGGUACUGAACACUAUUAGAAUAUCAUUCGUGAUAUUUUUUCUCUUUAGAGCAUUUUUAAUGCAACUAGCCCCUAUAUUUUAGUGUAAAAGUUACUCUGCAAUCAAAGCAAAGCACCCAACAAUGGUAGAUGUUUUUUAAAAAUGCAGAACUAAGGUUCUUGAUUCUAAAGAGAGAAAAUUACAAGGGUGUUGCCUUAUAGCAACCCCUUGGGACAAUCCUUCAUGUGAGCAAAGUGUCGAUCUUAAUAUUGGUUGUCUUUGGUGUGCUUUUUUGUACUGUAAAAAUAUGUGGUUCAUGUCUAACUCUGCUGUUUUAUUGUGGUUGUGGUUCAAGUUUUUAAUGUUUAAAGUUGAUGCUGUUUUCAGAAGAGCUUUUUACUAAUUUAUUUGUCGAUGUUCCCUAUUUGUUACUUAACCAUGAUCCUCCAGAUUUUUGGAGUAUUCUUUUCUAACCUUAACCCUGCCAACCUUGAUCCAUUUGACAUUUGUUAUGCACUAUUUUUAUAUCUCUGUGAGAGAUUUUUCCAACAGUCAGCUAUUUUAUGGCACACUUUUUUUGACUGAUGACAUCUCCUUUGCUAUACCUCAAUUUUUGGAAUUUAGAAAAGAAAUCAGUAGUUUUGCAAUGUUAAUUAUUUAGAUAUUUAAUUUCGCAGAUUUUUUAACUUUAUUUUCAUAAUUUCUGCUUAAUGUUUAAAAUUGAAGAGCCUUUUCAUGUAUUAAAUAAUGAACACUAAAAUAAAUUAUAUGAUGAAAAUAAUUGGAGAUGUUGAAAAUCGCUUUCCCUUCUUAAACAGAAAUAAAUAUUGGGAAUGAAGGGAAAUGAAACAGAACCCCUUUUUUGCCACGGGUAAAAAUGGCAGAAAUGUAUGGUUUGCUUUACCUUCAUUUCUGUUAUAGUUAAAGCUUGUCAGUCUAAUCUUUUGUUCCCUCCCCACCUCCCCCC